AAUAGCCACAUAUUCUCCGAGGCCAUCAUCGUAAUGGUAGUCGUAAUCUUCCUUUGCCUCUUCUUCGAAUGAAAAUUCCUCAGAGGAGUCAGACUCUUCUGGUUCAUAUGUAUGAUCUGUUUCAUAAUCUUCUUCUACAAAGUAAUCUGGAAGGGAAUUCACCCAAGAUCGAGAGCUGGGGGCCAUGCUGCAAAGUAGUUUAUGAAGGAUAAACAAAGUGAGUUUCAAAGGGUUAUAUAUGUGCGCGUGAGACAGACUAUUGAGAGCAAAAAUGUCAAAUAAUAUUGGGAAACCAAAAAACGGACAGGUUUGAACAUUGAAAACAUCAAAAUAAGAAAAUAUUGGAAGUUAGCCUUUCUAGUUAUUUUAACAGCCUGCUUUUCAAAAAACUAAGAGUGGUGGAUAUGAACAAUAUACAAUUAGAUAGUAAUAUCUCAUUUAAAUCAGAGGCUACAAGGGACAUGCAUGCUUACUAAUGACAAAAGAUUACCCUAAGAAGUAUAUAACAAUAAGGUUGUAGUUCUUAGAAAAAAAAAUUGUAAGAACAUUAAUCAGACGCUAACAAUACAAACAUGCAUGUUCUAUAGAACACAUAUUUUCUGUUUUUGUUUUUUCUUUUUGCUAGAAAAAGCAUCAAAAUAGAUACACCAAAAAUAAAAUUAUAUUAAGUAUGCAAACAAAUAUAUAGGUUCUAGCCUCCAUUGGUUCAAAAAAGUUGCACAUAUAUACAAAUAAAGAGUAGGGCUGUAAUCGGGCCGAACAAAGCUAAGUUUAGCCUGAUCGAGCUAGCUCGGCUCAAGCUUGACCCCCCGCUAAAACUCAGUAAUACAUAAGAAUAAAAAGAAAAAAUUAUAAUUUUCAUUUGCUCUCUUUAUUUUUUUCCUCAGAAAUAUAUUCUGAUCUUGCUCGCUAAUGAUGUAGAUUCAUAUAUAUAAGUAUCUGGAAGUAUAGAGUCUAAGGAAAACAAUAAAAUAAAAGAAUAAAACCUUAUUUUUUCAUUGAAAGAUUUAUUUAAUUAUUAAUCAAUAUAUGAAAGGAGACACUCCCACUGAUGUUUAUGAGUAUAGUUAUGAGCGAUCGAUGAGAGAAGCAGGAAUGAAGAAGAGACUCACCUUGGCCGAGCAUGAGAGUAGGAGCACUGGCCUUCCUCGAAGAAUUUCCUCUUCAAGUCCUUCCCCAUUUUCCCACGCAUGCACUGAUGGAAAUCGACACUCUAGAUCGAGAGAGAGAGAGAGGAAGAAGCUAUAUGGUGCGAGAGAGCGUGUUGUAAAGGUGGGUUUUGUUGAAGAAACAAUGGUGGGUGACGAAGCGGUUGCAUGUAGCGGGUGCAAUAUUAUUCAUCCAAAAAAAUGUAUUGGGUGCAUUUAUAUAUUCCUCGAUCAGUUCGUCUGCGAUUUUCAAAGCGUAAUCAAUGAAAUGGGUUUCUUCUCUAUUGCCUAUUGCUGUGUCGUAUGUGGCUGUGUGCAUGAGAGAGUGAGAACGUCUGUUUGUUUACGAGGCACCGCCGCCGCUCUUAACGGUAACAGGCCAGUAGUGGAGAUCGAGAGCUGUAUAACCAUUCGCCAAUCCAUUAAUCAUUGAUCACCUUUAGUUCUUGGAUAACUACGUACGUAAGUAGAUCGCUUUGACCGACUCCCAUAAUUAAUAAAAAGAAAUUAAGUUACUUAUUUAUCAAUUAAUUAAUUAUAUCAAACUAUAACGUACCCCUGUGCAAGUGAUGCUGAAAAACGAAUAUAAAUCUCUCACGAAUGGACAUUCAUUCUUACAAACUCCGAAUUAAUAUCAAGAAUAUCAUUAAAAAAAAAAGACCAUAAAAAGGGGAGAACAGUAGGGGUAAACGAGGAGUCAUUUCAAAUAUAUAUACUGCAUGUCAACAUAAUUGUGAUGGAAAUGGUAGGAUAAACGAGGAGUCAUUUCAAAUAUAUAUGCUGUCAACAUAAUUGUGAUGGAAAUGGUAGGGAUAAACGAGGAGUCAUACCAAAUGUACUGUAAAUUGUUUAUUUUUCUUCUGUUUGUACAUGAAUGUACGUGGGGAGAUCGAGGAUAUAUAUAGAGAAUACUGACAGACUGACAGUGAACACUCUAGUGAGAAUCAUUCUGAAGAAGAUCCACAGAGAUUCAGGUUUGCAAGGGACGAACCACUUAAGCUUCUGAAAUUGGAAAACGAGGAAGAGAAAGCACAAAAAUGGGCAGUUGCUUUUUGCACUUGCCACUUGAGGAGGAGUACUGUAUGGAAACAUUCAGCUUAGAGAAGGCCGUCUGCAACCAUGGCUUCUUCAUGAUGGCUCCAAACUCCUGGAUUCCAUCCACCAAAACUCUUCGGCGGCCGUUGCGACUUGCAAACUCCACCACCUCUGUCAAUGUUUCUAUUUCACACCCUCCGGACAACACCUCCAUUGUUAUACAAGUUCAUGACAUUGAAAAUGUUUCUCCUGAAGAUGAGAAAGUUAUACUGGAACAAGUAUCCCGCAUGUUAAGGAUAUCAUUGCGAGAUAAAAAGAAUCUAAUGGCAUUUCAAAAAGUGUAUCCGGAAGCGGAAAAGAAAGAUUUCGGUCGAAUCUUUCGUUCUCCCACACUUUUUGAGGAUGCUAUUAAGUCAAUCCUUCUUUGCAAUUGCAUGUGGAAGAGGACACUGGACAUGGCCAAAGCUCUCUGUGUGCUUCAAUCAGAACUAGCCAAUGGUUUAAUAUCCAAGCAAUAUUGCUGUGAAAAUCUAGCAGAAGAACCUUCCAAAAAAAGAAGAUUAAAGAGAAAGAAAGCGACUCAAAAACAAAGUAAUAAGCUGAUCAACAAAAACCCAGAAAAUUGCUCAGAGUCACAAGAUAGGGCAAUGGGAAAUUUUCCAAGCUCAAAAGAAAUAGCUUGCUUGGACGAAAGUUUCUUGAAAAGGCAUUGCAAUCUUGGGUACAGAGCAGAAAACAUUGUUAGACUUGCUAGAGACGUUGAGAGUGGAAAGGUUAAGCUUGAAGAAGUAUUUGAGAGUGAAACAAUAUACAAAGAAAUGAUGAAAAUCAAAGGGUUUGGUCCUUUUGCAUGCGCCACACUUAUGAUGUGCAUGGGAUUUUAUCAAGUGGUUCCGGUGGAUUCAGAAACUGUUCGGCAUUUGGAAGAGUUUCAUGGGAGGAAGGUUCCUGAUAAGGUUGGCAUGAGGAAGAAAUUAGAGAUUGUUCAACAACAUGUCAAAGACAUUUAUGAAAAGUAUGCACCAUAUCAGAGUUUGGCCUACUGGUUUGAAGUGCUGGAGUGCUAUGAAAGACAAUUUGGAAAGCUAAGCGAGUUGCCAAACUCUAGUUAUCAUGUUGUGACUGGCAGUCACUGAAAAAAAAAAAAAAGUGUGACACAGUUGAGUUUAAACUAUUUGUGGGGAUCUCA